AUGAAAUGCGAUAUUCAUUGUGCAACAAAAAUAUUAACAAUAGUUUGUGGAGGUUUGAUUAUCGCUCUUGCUAUAUCAAGAUUUACAAAUUUGUCUAUUGAACAUCCAUAAUAAUUUAUUCUUACAAUUCAUUAUUUGUAAAAAUUUGUUUAUUUAUAUUUAGAUGGAUGGGAGCAGUUUUAAUAUUAGCAGAGUUUCGUUUUGCAUAUAUUCAUUAAAAAUUCAAAGUUUUGACUAGUUAUUUUGGAAGAGGAUUGUAUUGUUUCUUGUAAAUCUGAAUUACUAAUCAAGUUUGGGUACUUUAAUGAUAUCAGCGUUUCCACCAUUGUAGAUUGCAACUGCCGUUGUAUUGUUUGUCGUUGGUGUAAUUUACAUAUUAAUGCAACUAUUUGUAUAAAAAGCAUAAUGUCAUUCAUUAGAGUAAAAAAUUUGGAUGGAGUGCAGAAGAAGCAAAGAAUCCUUAUUAAAUUCCUACUCAAAAUCAACCGAAUGCAUAUCAACCACCAUAUCAAUCAAAUGUUAAUUUUUAAUAAGGUGGACCUGCCUUAAAAUGAU